CUUUUCUCUUUUUUGUUCUCUUCAGUUCAAUUCAGUUGUUACCUUUCCCUCUUUCAUUUUCAUUUUCAUUUUCAAUUUUGCAGUGAGUGGGUUUCUCAAUUUUUCAUACUUCUUUUUUACUUCGCUAUUCAAUCAAUAAUUUUGCCAAAUUUAGUAUUAACAAACAUUCACAUUAACACAUUUCGAUUUCUUUCCCCCAUUUGAGUCAAGAUUCCGUUUUUUGCUAUCGGGUUACCGUUUGAUUCGAUUUUUAUCGUAUACAGUGAUUCGAGCAUAAUUAGGAUGGAAGUCGCAGGCCAGAACAUAGUAAUAUACGAUGAAGAUAAGGCAUUGAAGUUCUUGCUUGAGGCCUUUGGACAUUCAUAUUCACUUGAAGAAAUAGCUUCUGCCUAUUGUAAGGCAAGCCGGAAUUUAGACUUGGCUGCGGAAAUUUUGUAUGAAAUGAAGGGGAGUUCCUCAACCUCUGGAACCCUUUCAUCUAGUUCAGACACCAAGGUGGAAGAGUCUUCAGAAUCAUCUGAUGGACAUCCUUUUGAAAAUUCAUUUCAUGGAAAGAAAAGUUUCAGGCCCAAAGUUCGCCCAGUUUCAACUGGUUCUGUUUCAAGCAUUAUUGGUAAAAGUUAUGUUAGACCCGUGCCAUCUGUAAAUAGGUCUAAUGGUACAACUAAACCGGCUAAGUUGGAUGCAAAGACGCUGCCAAUGACCGGAAUCUGGCGUGAAAACAGCAAGUCAGAGCCAAAAUCUUCAAAGCACGAUCAUCUUCAAGACGACAUGGAGGAAUUCUUAUUCAAAAUGCUUGGAGAUGGCUUUCAGCUGGACAGAAAUAUGAUACGUGAAGUUCUUGGUACUUGCGGGUAUGACAUGCAAAAGAGCUUGGAAAAACUACUAGAUCAGUCAGCCAUGGAUUUGGACAAAAGGCCAGCUGUUGGUCAUGAUUCACCUGGGAAGCUUGCAGAUAUGAAACCAAAAUCUGAAGCAUCACCAUCUGAAAGAAAGUCUUGGGAUUCAAGAGGAAAUGGAAAUAUAUAUUCAAUCAAAGAAGUGGAACUACAUCAGCGGCAGAAAGAGAGACAUGACAUUCAGAAAGAAGUAUUGUCGAAUUUGUUUAGUUACCCUGAGCAUUUUGAGGAGCCUCCUAAAAGAAUUGUAAGGGGUUUGAAUAAGAAUUCACCAUAUGGAGUUGGACAUGUGGUCUUUGAACCUCCCAAAGACUCACCAGAAGAAUACAAGAUAGACAUGGACUUCGGGCGACGAGCAAAUGAAGCUGAUGGGGAGGACGAAGCUGAUUACCAAUGCGUGCGAAAAGCUGUGAAGGAAUAUCGGGUCACAAUGAUGGAAUAUUACAAAGCAGCUGUUGAUGCAUUUGCAAAGGGAGAUCAAAUCAAAGCCCAAAAAUUCUUAGAUGAGGGGCAAUUUUACCUAAAGAAGGCAAGGGAAGCUGAUGAAGAAUCUAGCAGAAUGAUUCUUGAAACUAGAACUACAGAAGCCCAAGAGAUGGUACUUGACUUGAGCGACCAUGAACCAAAGGAUGCAAUUAGGCUACUGAAGUGUCAUCUUUCUUCUCUUUCUGGAAUUACAUCAUUUGACUGCCUCAAGGUUAUCUUCAAUCCAAAUGAUCAAGCUAAGAAGAAAAGGUCUUGUAGACGAGUGGUGUUAAAACUAUUGGAGGAGGAAUCUAUAAAGUGGAUUGAAGGAGAAAUGGCUGGGACUAUAUUGAUCCGCUUAGAUAACAUAGAGCGUAAAAGGUUGAGUUUUUUCAAAACAUAGCAUCUUGUUGUGCAUUAAGAAUAGUGGUUUGUUGUGCAUUAAGAGUAGUGGUUUUCUAUGUCAAGGUCUAGUUAGUUAACAAAUGAAUGGCCUCUAACGUCCACAAUAUGCAAAUAGUUUACUAUUGGUCAAUUUUGUAACUGAACCUAUGGAAGGGUGUGGGUUUUUUGGUCCCAUGUAAUAUUCAUGAUUUUUUUUUCAAUAUUAACUGAAAUAUUAAGUCUCAAAUCAAUAAAUAUAUUUUUGUCUCUUA